AUGGCCGGGUAUCUAGUUUCCGGGCUUUUCAAGGCUUCAUCCCAUCCUUACAUCAUUGCUGCCUCCGACAGUGUCAGAGAUAGAAUCAAGGGCAAAGUCGACACCAUUCCGAACCAGGUCCAUUACGUCUGGGCUCAAAACGACACCAGCGACGAUCUUCUUUUCACGUUCGAACAAUAUCUUUCUGUAUACUCUGCAUGGUACUAUUGGAAGCCGGACACCAUUUAUCUCCACACGAACGCUCACGAAACCACAAUUGCUCGUGCACGACAAGGUGUCGUCAGCAAAUGGGCCAUGCGCAUGCUGGCGAUCCCCGGCUUGAAGGUCAACCGGGUUGAGAUGCCGACUACCACGAGGCACGGCGUUGCGUUCAGCUUCAAGGAGCACAUUUCAGACUUCGCGAGGGUCAGGGCGGUCCACGACUACGGCGGUGUGUACAUAGACUUCGACGUACAGCCCUUGCGAGACGUCGCCGUGUUGCGUAGAAGCGGAUUCAAUGCCAUCAGCGGCCGACAGAAGGACAACAACCUGAACAGCGGUUCUUUCAUGGCCAAGAAAGGCAGCAAAAUGAUUAGGAAGUGGAUGGAUAUGAUGCACGAAGUCUACAAUGGCGGGUGGACCACGCACAGCAACGAUGCCCUCACGGCCGUCGCGCGCAGUCUCGUCCCGGACGCCGGGGAGAUGCUCAUCAUGGACCGAGAGGCUUUCGCGCCCGUGGGCUGGUUAUUCGAAGACGCCCGCGAGUUGUUUGGCCUUCACAACGACACGACCUCCCCCUUGGAACGGCACGUACCGGGACAACGUUUACCCUCUUACGACGACAGCCAGCGGCCACCGUGGGCGCAAGACUUUUCUGCGUCAUACCUCAUCCACAGCUUCACUCCAGAUUGGAGCCUCAAUCCGGUUCCCGAGGUCACCGAAAUAACGCCAGCAUAUGUUCUGCACAGACGGAGCAAUUUCGCCUGCGCCACGUACCCGGUUGUACGAGACAUGUAUCACAAAGGGCUCGUGACGCUGGAUGAUAAGGAGGUGUGAAUGAAGCAGGUCUCUCUCUCAAGAUACUCAUUCAGCAUUUAUGUGUUUUAUUCCAUAUUCAUGGUUUUAUUUUAUUUUAUUUCUUCCUAUUCAUUUAUUCAUUUAUUCCGGUAGUAGGCGGUUAUUUCUGAAAGUGGGAGACAACAGAAAACCACGGCCUGUGCUGGACGUCUAAGGCAGGUGGUGCCAUUAUAGAAUCCUACUUCAAUGUCGACUUGUUGCCGGACACUUUCUUGACGCAGUUGAAGGCUUUUGAAACCUUUUGGAGGCUCAAAGCUCGGAAAAUACGCAGUCCCACAUGGUAUGGCGAUCGGCAUCGGGAUCGGUUUUGAUGGCCAGCCCAAUCUCUACUCUGGCAACUUUGUCAUCAACUGUUAUCAAUAACAGCAGCGAAGCGGGGACAACUCGGACCGCACCGUUAGAUCUACGUUGUCUACU